AUGUCUAGUAUAGUUGAAACUGUUUUACCAUAUGCUACAAAGUGGUAUGUGAUCUUACCAGUUUUUAUCAUUGUUUAUAAUGUCUAUUUAACCAUUUACCAAAAGGUAAUGAUGAAGAAACUCGGAGCUAAAGAAUUCACUAAUUUAGAAGGUGAUGGUUGGUUUGGUUUCCUUUUAGCCAAAUGGAUUCUUGAAAAGAAACAAGAAGGUAGAAUGGUUGAUUUUGGUCAUGAAAGAUAUAGUGAUAUUCAUAAUACAGAUGUUAACACUUUUAAAUUUAGAAUUCUUGGUAUUCCAAUCGUUAAUACUAGAGACCCGGAAAAUAUUAAAGCUAUUUUAGCUACUCAAUUCAAUGACUUUGCCUUAGGCUCAAGACAUAAACAUUUCUUACCCUUAUUAGGUGAUGGAAUCUUUACUUUAGAUGGUGAAGGUUGGAAACAUUCAAGAGCCAUGCUUAGACCUCAAUUUUCAAGAGAUCAAGUUGCUCAUGUUCAAGCUUUAGAACCUCAUAUUCAAAUCCUUGCUAAACAUAUUAGAAAGAAUAAAGGUGAAUUAUUUGACAUUCAAGAAUUAUUCUUUAGAUUAACCGUUGAUUCUGCUACAGAAUUUUUAUUUGGUGAAUCUGUUGCAUCAUUACAAGAUGCUUCUAUUGGUUAUGAUGAAUCCGACGUUGAUUUUGAUGGAAAGGCUGGAUUUGCUAACGCUUUCAAUAAAGCUCAACAAUAUUUAGCUUCCAGAGCUGUAUUACAAGACUUUUACUUUGUUCUUAAUCAUCAAGAUUUCAGAAAUUGUAAUGCUGCCGUCCAUAAAUUUGCUGAAUAUUAUGUUCAAAAGGCCCUUAAUACAAGUCAAGAUGAAUUAGAUAAGAGAUCCAAAGGUGGAUAUAUCUUUUUAUACGAAUUGGUUAAAGAAACUAGAGAUCCAAAAGUCUUAAGAGAUCAAUUAUUAAACAUUUUAGUAGCUGGUAGAGAUACUACUGCAGGGUUAUUAUCAUUUGCAUUUUAUGAAUUGGCCAGAAAUCCUGAUGCUUGGCUGAAAUUAAAGGCUGAAAUCUAUGAAAAAUUUGGAUCAGGUGAAAAAGCUGACGUUGGAGAAAUUACCUUUGAAUCAUUAAAGAAAUGUGAAUAUUUGAAAGCAGUUUUAAAUGAAACUUUAAGAAUGUAUCCAUCUGUUCCUCAAAAUUACAGAGUUGCUACUAAAGAUACCACUUUACCAAGAGGUGGUGGUGAAAAGGGUAUGGAUCCAGUAUAUGUUAGAAAAGGACAAACUGUAUUAUAUCUGGUUUACUCAACCCAUAGAUUACCUGAAUAUUACGGUAAAGAUGCUGACGAUUUCAGACCAGAAAGAUGGUUUGAACCAGAAACUAGAAAAUUAGGUUGGGCUUAUUUACCAUUCAAUGGUGGACCAAGAAUUUGUCUUGGUCAACAAUUUGCCUUAACAGAAGCCUCAUACAUCAUAUCCAGAAUUGCUCAAUUGUUCCCUAACUUGAGUGGUCCUGCUGAUGGUGGUGAAUACCCUCCAAAAAAGUCAUCUCAUUUAACUGCAUGUCUUCAAGAUCCAGAUCUUGUACGUUUGUAUUAG